AUGGCCGUCCUCAUGGCGCCAGCCUCCUUCUACACCAUGGCCCAGCUUAGCAGCGGGAAGCCCGGUGGUGAUGUCAUGGGUUAUGUCCUCUUCGCCGACAGCACUGUGUGCUUCCUCCUCGCCUUGAGCCUGCUGUACUCCAGGCGGAAACUCUGGAUUUCCGGCUUCCACCCGACCUACGUGGCAUUUACCUUUCCACUGGCAUCUACAGCGUCAGCAGCCCUCUUGGCUUCGGAGCGCUUGCCCCUGGUGGCGGGUGCCGCCUGCCGCACUUGGGCCACUGUGCUAUUGCUCGCCGCGCUGGCCGCAUCGCUCACAGUGCAGGUUUUGCAGGUGCUCCUGGCCGCGCGGGCCAACCCGGAUGCUCAGACCUUGGCUCGGAGGACGCCGUUGCACUUCGCAGCCGUUGAGGGAGUCCGAGAGACGAUCGAGGUCCUGCUUGAAGCACGGGCAAACGUCAACGCCAUGAACAGCUGUGGUGCCAUCCCCCUUCACUGGGCGGCAAAGACAGGGCAAGCUCAGCUCAUCCAGUUGCUGGUGGAAGCACGCUCUGACCUCACGGUGUCCGACAACCUUGGAAGGACCCCUGUCGAGAUGGCAGAGGACAACCUGAAGGGCGAUGCAGCAGCAGCCAUUCGCCAAGCAGCUGCGCUGUGA